CGGGUGGGCUGCAGCCAUGGAAGGCGAGCCUCCACCUGUGGAGGAGCGGCGGCGGCUGCAGGAGGAGCUGAGCGAGUUCGUGGAGAGCUGCUGCCGGACGCUGGAGGAGGUGACGGCGUCCCUGGGCUGGGACCUGGAUAGUCUGGAUCCCGGGGAAGAGGAGGCGGCGGAGGAUGAAGUUGUGUUAUGUCCUUACGAUUCCAAUCACCACAUGCCUAAAUCGUCUUUAGCAAAGCACAUGGCAUCUUGUAGAUUGAGGAAAAUGGGCUAUACCAAAGAAGAAGAGGAUGAAAUGUAUAAUCCUGAGUUUUUCUAUGAGAAUGUGAAGAUACCUUCAAUUACUUUGAAUAAGGACUCACAAUUCCAGAUAAUUAAACAAGCUAGAACUGCAGUUGGGAAAGACAGUGAUUGUUAUAAUCAAAGGAUUUAUUCUUCUUUGCCUGUUGAAGUUCCUCUGAAUCACAAACGGUUUGUUUGUGAUCUAACUCAAGCUGAUCGUCUUGCCCUCUAUGAUUUCGUAGUUGAGGAGACAAAGAAAAAGCGCUCUGAUUCUCAGAUUAUUGAAAAUGACAGCGAUCUCUUUGUAGACUUGGCUGCCAAAAUCAAUCAAGAUAAUAGUCGAAAAAGUCCAAAAUCCUACCUUGAAAUCCUAGCAGAAGUAAGAGAUUAUAAAAGAAGACGCCAGUCCUAUAGAGCUAAGAAUGUUCACAUAACCAAGAAAUCAUAUACUGAGGUGAUUCGAGAUGUGAUAAAUGUGCACAUGGAAGAACUCAGCAAUCACUGGCAAGAAGAACAAGAGAAGGCAGAGGAUGAUGCUGAAAAGAAUGAAGAAAGGCGAUCAGCUUCAGUAGAUUCACGGCAGUCUGGUGGAAGCUAUUUGGACACUGAGUGUUCACGACAUAGAAGGGACCGGAGUAGAAGCCCACAUAAAAGAAAAAGAAAUAAAGAUAAGGAUAAAAACUGUGAGUCGAGAAGAAGGAAAGAGAGGGAUGGAGAAAGACACCAUAGUCAUAAAAGAAGAAAGCAAAAAAUAUAAAUGAAGUACUUGUACAUGUAUUAAUUAUGCUUAUGCCAUGGUAACCAAUAUGCUGAUAUAUUAAUUGGAAUUGCUUUGCAUAGGAGAAUGUUUUUAUGAUCUGUUUAGUGCUUAUUAUUUUCCAAUAAAUAUGCUUCAAACCAUGAGUACACUAUUAGGCCCUACAACUUUGUUUUCCUUAUAUUUUAUUAGAUGAUUUGCUUCCUAUAACUGAUCUUGUUUUGUUCUUUUUGCUAAUAUUUGUAUCUCAAAAUUCUUUAAUUAAAAAAGUCAAUAUUUAUCAUA